AUGACUAACCGUGAGGAAGAAGAUUUUUUUCCGGCAGAAGGAGAAAGUCGCACUGACAAAGAGGUAUACCGGGUUUCAGUUAAGCCGAUGAUGUUUUCAAGAGAGCAUCCGGACCUUUUUUUUCUGCAAAUGGAAGCACAGUUCAGGAAUGCGGGAAUAACGAAAGAUGAUACAAUGUUCGACCAUGUAGUAGCAAGUUUAGAGCCGAAAUACCUGGAGUGCAUAGUUGAUGUGAUUCGAGAUCCACCGAAGGUGUUGAAAUAUGAGACGUUGAAGAAACGGUUAAUUUAUGAAUUCACAGAAUCGGAGCACAAAAGGCUGCGUAAGUUGCUGACAGAAUUGGAGCUAGGUGACAUGAAACCAACUCAAUUGCUGAAGAAAAUGAAGGAGAUGGCCGGAAAUUCAAUGAAUGAUGAUGUACUAAAGUCAUUGUGGUUACAGCGACUGCCAGUGGGAGUUAGAACAAUCGUAGCUGCAGUGGAAGGUGAUUCUGCACAGUGGGCCAAAGUGGCUGAUAAGGUAUUUGAGGUACAGGAAACAGAAACGGUUUGUGUAGUACAAAGGAAUGAACCGAAGGAGAUGAGGAAGGAAAUUGACGAGUUGAAAGUCAUGAUAAAUAAUUUGGUCAUUCAGUUGGGCAAAAGAGGAAGAAGCAAUGACAGAGAUCGUGGAAAAGGGCGAUCAUCAAGUGCUAGAAGAGGUAAUAUCUGUUUUUAUCAUCGGCGGUUCAAGGAGAGGUCCACAAAAUGUGUUCAGCCUUGCCAGUACAAACCACCGCAAAACUCAGCGGAAAACUAA